GACUUUUCCGGUGGAAGCGGAGCUAAGCAGCCGAAACCUUCUCCAUCCCGGCACCGCUCUGCAUCUCGCACUUAGGAACAUCCCAAGGUGCAACUCAGCCGGGACUUGUCAUGAGCCCGGGGCCACGGAAUGUGAUUUCUGCGUUGGGGCUACUCGGCCCUUCAUCAUCACUACUGCUGCUGCUGCCGCUGCUGAGCCUGCCCCCAGCGCGCGGUACUUGUGGUGUCCCAGAAAGAUUACCAUUUGCUGUGGUGACAAAGGAGUUUGCAGACCAGAAAAACUUUCCUGAGGGUGCCAAGGUGACAUAUACUUGUCGACCAGGUUAUACUAGAAAUCGUUAUUUCUCACCUACACUUACUUGCCUUCCAAAUGGAACAUGGUCCAAGGCAACUGAAUUUUGUGAAAAAAAACGAUGCCCUAACCUUGGAGAACUAGCCAAUGGUCAUAUUAAUUUCGAGGAGAACAUUGUAUUUGGUUCAACCGUUUCAUUUAGUUGUGAUGAAGGGUUCUUAUUAAUCGGUCAGUCUCAAAGUAUAUGUGAAAUUGUACAUGAAAACCAAGUUGGGUGGAGUGCUCCUCUUCCAGACUGCCAAGUCAUUCGCUGUCUUCCACCUCCAGUUAUCGACAAUGGCCAAUACACAGAAAAUUUUCAAGAUUUUUUUAUUUAUGGCUCAUCGGUAAGAUAUACAUGUGAUAAAACAUAUUCACUCAUUGGAGAGGAAUCCAUCCAUUGUACUACUAAGAACAAGAAAGAUGGAGAAUGGAGUGGCCCUCCCCCUCAAUGCAAAGUUGUCCAUUGUAAAAGUCCAGUUCUCCUAAAUGGACAUCUAAUAUCUGGAAGAAGGCCAUCUUAUAAUUAUAAAGAAACUGUGAUCUUGGAAUGUGAUUCUGGAUUUUACUUGGAAGGCGAGGAAAAGAUUUCCUGUGGUGCUGACAACAUGUGGGUUCCUGGUAUGCCACAGUGUAAACCAGGUGUUAAGCCUACCACCGUUAGGACCAUCACCACCACCACCACCACCACCACCAAGACUAUUACUACCACCACCACCAAAACUAAUAGUUUUUCUUCUGCGAGUGGGAAACUACACCAACUUGAUACAAUAAUCUCAGUGAUAGCAUUGAUCAUCUUCACUCAAAUAUGAAGAGGUUGGCCAUGAAAAAUCAAGUAUUUACAGCUACAAAAAUCAAAUCUACAUCAAGUAUUUAAAUCAUCAUUUGCUUAUUGCCUAUAAAGGUGAACUCAGGAGAGCUGAUCAUAGUGCUCAUAUAAGAAUGACAUGCUUUUGAUGAUGUCAACAAUUCAUGACUUCCUGAAAUUCCAAAUUGCAGAAGGGAUAAAGAUAGAUUUUUUUAAUAUAUGAAAUAUUUUAACUGAAGUGUUUCCUUUUAUCUACUUAUAUCACAUGAACCAAACUUAUAGAUGAUGAGUACAUAGAGAAAGAUAUUCUAGCAUCUUUCCUGAGAAACUGAAAAGGCAAGAUGUUAAAUAUUAAAUCAUAUAUUUUGCUUCAAAUUGAAGACUUCAUUGUUUUUUAAUUUGUAGGGAAUUUGGAUGUUCUAACUUUUUUACUCAUUAAAGCUUUUUCCUUCAAUGAAACAGUGAAUUAAAAUGAAAAUGUCACUCAUGUAACUAAUUUAUGAGUUUCAUUCUUUAUUCCUUGGGUCAAACUUUGACACCUAAAACUUUUUAAGUUUUAAAAUUCUAGUUUGUUUUGGGUAAUCUCGGAGGGAAGAUACUAAAAUCGAAAGAGACUAGGAAAGGCUUCUCAUAACAGAUAAGGCUUUAACUGAGAUCUGAAGGAAGUUGAGGAAACUAACAGGCAGAUAUAAAGAAAUGUUCCAAGCAAGAGGAACAUUAUACUAGUAAAAAUGCUUAGAGGAAAGGGAUGGAGUGUCUUCUACAAAAAAAAAAAAAUUUGAGGAGACUAAUGUCACUGGAUCAUGAAGAAUGAAGAGAGAAAUAAAGAAUCAAAGGCUACCUAGGCAUAAAGAAUGAGAUUAUAAACAAAUUGGAAGAGCAUAGGGUAGUUUACCUCUCAGACCUGUGGAAGAGGAAGGAAUUUAUGACCAAAGAAGAACUAGAGAUCACUAUUGACCAAAAAAGAGAAAAUUUUGAUUAUAUCAAAUUGAAAAGUUUUUGUACAAACAAAACUAAUGCAAAUGAGAUUAGAAGGGAAACAAUAAACUGGGAAAACGUUUUUACAGUCAAAGGUUCUGAUAAAGGCCUCAUUUCCAAAAUAUAUAGAGAAUUGACUCUAAUUUAUAAGAUAUCAAGCCAUUCUCCAAUUGAUAAAUGGUCAAAGGAUAUGAACAGACAAUUCUCAGAUGAAGAAAUUGAAACUAUUUAUAGACAUAUGAAAAUAUGCGCCAAGUCAUUAUUAAUCAGAGAAAUGCAAAUUAAGACAACUCUGAGAUACUACUACACACCUGUCAGAUUGGCUAGAAUGACAGAGAAAGAUAAUGCGGAAUGUUGGAGGGGAUGUGGGAAAACAGGGACACUGAUACAUUGUUGGUGGAAUUGUGAACACAUCCAGCCAUUCUGGAGAGCAAUUUGGAACUAUGCUCAAAAAGUUAUCAAACUGUGCAUACCCUUUGAUCCAGCAGUGUUUCUACUGGGCUUAUACCCCAAAGAGAUACUAAAGAAGGAAAAGGGACCUGUAUGUGCCAAAAUGUUUGUGGCAGCUCUGUUUGUAGUGGCUAGAAGCUGGAAAAUGAAUGGAUGCCCAUCAAUUGGAGAAUGGUUGAGUAAAUUGUGGUAUAUGAAUGUUAUGGAAUAUUAUUGUUCUGUAAGAAAUGACCAGCAGGAUGAAUACAGAGAGGACUGGCAAGACUUACAUGAUCUGAUGCUAAGUGAAAUGAGCAGAACCAGGAGAUCAUUAUAUACCUCAACAACGAUACUGUAUGAGGAUGUAUUCUGAUGGAAGUGGUUUUCUUUGACAAAGAGAUCUAAUUCAGUUUCAAGUUGAUCAAGGAUGGACAGAAGCAGCUACACCCAAAGAAAGGACACUGGGAAAUGAAUAUAAACUGCUUGCAUUUUUGUUUUUCUUCCUGGGUUAUACCUUCUGACUCUAAUUCUCCCUGUGCAACAAGAGAACUGUUUGGUUCUGCACACAUAUAUUGUAUCUAGGAUAUACUGUAACCUAUCUAACAUGUAUAGGACUACUUGCCAUCUGGGGGAGGGGAUGGAGGGAGGGAGGGGAAAAAUCGGAGCAGAAGUGAGUGCAAGGGAUAAUGUUGUAAAAAAUUACCCUGGCAUGGGUUCUGUCAAUAAAAAGUUAUUAAAAAAAUAAAAAUUAAAAAAAAA